AUGAAGAUUUACAAAAUGAUGAUGGUUCUUGGUCAAACGGGCUCGGGUUUUCAAAUUCCACCGGCGAAUUCACCGGUUGCUAGUACUGGCGAUUACAGUCAGUAUGAAGCCGGAACGCCGAUGGUGAAUUUGAAGGGCGCUAGAAAACCUUUCAAUUGCGGCCCGCAGAUCAUCAAAGUACAGCCUGGCCGAGAAGAGAUCCUCCAGACACCUAAUUUCCCGAAGAAAAUCAACACCGGCAUGAAUUGCGUUUUACGCUUGCAAACGUUGCCUGGACACAAAAUCAUUCUGAAGUGGUACGGCUUCGUGGUAGAUGGAUGUCACGAAGGCAACAAAGUGCGAAUAGUUGAUGGCGAUCAACAGCAAUUUCACUGUGGCGACAAACGCCCUCCAAAUUACGUCUCUUCAACGAACGAGGUCGAAAUCGCUUUUUCCGUGGUAGACAUGAUGCGAAACGACCGCGGAAUAAUUUACAAAUUCGGCGUCGAAGGCUCGCUGAGAAGAGGCGUGCCGAUGCACUUGCAAGGUAAGCAACUUAGCUCCAAAUACGAUUUCAGCACAGAAGGAACAGAAGUGCAAGGCCAAAUGGGCAGACCUGUGAAAGCAAUUCAAGCCCAACAGCCGCAGAUUUCUCAACAAAAACCGCAGCACUCACAACAACAAAACUCCCAGCAGAAUAAUCAAAAUCAACAGCAACAACAAGGGCAGCAAAAUUUUCAACAAAAACACAAUUUGAGAAGCCCAGUUGGAGUUUUUGGCGAAAAAAUGAUCAGACGACCAAUGCGCCAACAAAACCUCCAAAACAAUCAAAACGAUCAAAUGAUGUACUCAAUCACUCAAGAAAUCGAAGACACCGAGCAUCGUCAAAUGAAAGUCCUUACCGAAGAAGAAAGUAAAUUCGCAGAAUACCGAUCGAUGAUCCUCCUUGGGCUUGGAAUCGUCGGCGUUCUCAUCCCUCUCGCAUUGCUGAUCAAAAUUGUGAGUAAUAAGAAGAAGAACAAGGAGCAUGAAGUUUCGGGAUGA